CAUCGUAUCGUGUUUGUCAAGAAUCUCUCAUUCAAGGUCACCACCGAAGAGCUAUUUGAUCUUUUCGGCCGCUUUGGCGCCAUACGGCAGAUCAGGCUAGGCGACUCACAGCAGACACGGGGCACGGCGUUUGUGGUCUAUGAAUCUGCAGUCGAUGCAAAGCAGGCGUUGGACAAGCUGCAGGGCUUCAACUUCCAGGAGCGCUACCUUGUGUGUCUGAUGCACCAGGUCGACAAGACGCUGCUGGCCAGCGGUGCAUCGAGCCUUGAGCAGCGACAGCAGGCACUGGAUGCUGCGAAGGAGAAGUACAAUAUU